UGAUGGACGAAAUGGUAGCGAAGUGCGUGACUGACCAGCAGGUGGACCAGAGACUGGCUGUGAAGUUCCUGGACAACGUCAAGAUGAUGGACAAACUGGUGGGAGACAAGUGGGACUCUGAACCUCAGCUGAACCACAGAAUAAUACAACUGGUCAACACAACCAACCUCAGGGACAACCUCAAAGAGCUGACCAAGAGGCCCCACCUGGCCGGCACUGAGAGGGACGACCAGCUCGCUAUCAUGAUACAAGAUCGCUUCCUGAAGUUGGGCUUCGACACUGCUGAUCUUGUUCCUUAUGAUGUCCUUCUCUCUCGCCCCAACCACACUAACCCCAACCUGAUCACCCUUAUUGACGGUGCUGGCAAAGUUGUCUUCACAAGCUCUUACAAAGAGACCCCGAUACAUGAAGAUGAUGACGACCCGGAGUUCGUCCACGCCUUCAAUGCCUUCACACCUGCAGGGGACGUGGAGUCUGAGGCCGGGCGAGGCGUCGUGUACGCUAACUACGCCAGGGUUGAGGACUUCGACACGCUGGAGAAGCUCAACGUCAACGUCUCUGGCUGCAUCGUCAUCGCUCGCUAUGGCAAGAUCUUCAGAGGCAACAAGGUGUUGCACGCCCAGGAGCGAGGAGCCAAGGGCUUGAUCCUAUUCUCGGACCCCGAGGAUGUGGCCCGGGAGGGAGUGGAACCCGAGAAGGUGUACCCAAAUACCUGGUGGCUUCCUGGCACCGGCAUGCAAAGAGGCAGCACAAACUUGGGUAUGGGUGACCUUCUCACGCCUGGCUGGCCUUCUACAGCACACGCCUACAGACUUAAGAUAGAGGACGCCAAGCUGCCGAAGAUCCCCUGCCAGCCCAUAGGCUACAACGACGCCCGAGUUCUUCUGGAGAAAAUGGGCGGCACCCCGGCCCCCAGGGAGUGGAUGGGUGGCCUGAAGGGCGUGGCGUACAACCUGGGGCCGGAGUUCCUGGACCAGUACCGUUCCUACCGCCUCAGACUCAACACGCACAACUCCCUGCAGGUUCACCGCUCCUACAACGUUAUCGCCACCAUCAGGGGAGACGUGGAGCCUGACCGCUAUGUGCUGAUGGGGAACCACCGUGACGCCUGGGGAUAUGGGGCCGCUGACCCCUCCAGCGGCACCGCUCAAAUGCUUGAGAUAGCCAGAGUCCUCGGCCAGCUCAUCACAGAAGGGUGGCGACCACGACGAACUCUGGUGUUCUGCAGCUGGGGCGCCGAAGAGUAUGGUCUCACAGGCUCCACUGAGUGGGUCGAGGAACACGUGAACAAGCUACAGGAGCGGGCGGUGAUGUACCUCAACAUGGACAUCUGUGUCCAGGGACCCAUCAUCAAUGUGGCCAGUAGCCCUCUUUUCUGGGACUCCAUCACCAUGAUUACCAAGAUGGUGCCCGGUGUUCGUGGUGGUGCUACGGUAUACGAGGAGUGGGAAGCCUAUCACGCAGUACGGAAUAGAACCUCACCUAAGAUGGAAACUUUGGGGUCUGGAACCGACCACGCCGCGUUUGCUUUCUACUGCGGCAUCCCAUGUUUGGAUUUGGGGUUUGAGAUAGACGAGAAUAAGUACAAUAUAACCACCUACCCCUCAUACCACACUGGCUACGAGACCUUCUACAUGAUGGAUAAACACAUGGACCCGGGCUUCAGGAUCCACCAGGGCUGCAGCCGGGUCGCUGCCCUCACACUCAGGUACUUCGCGGACUCCGUACUUCUGCCGUACAGCCUGGAGCACCUACCUAAGGCCAUGAAGGAUGCUCUCGAUGCCCUCAGGAAAGGCGGCAAGCGAGACAAACUCAUCAGUAUAUAUGACAAGUAUUAUCUUCUUGAGGAAUCACUGAUGAACUUUACGUACGAGUCUACGAUCUUCUCCAGGGUCCUGAAGGAGAAGAGGAGUGAGGACUUAGAUCCACUCACCAUUCGAGCCAUCAACGACCAGAUGAUGAAGUUGGAACAGGUGUUUAUUCUUCCAGCAGGUCUGCCUGGACGACCACAAAUCAGACACGCGGUGUUCGCCGAGAGUCAGUUCGACAAAUACGCCGCGUCCGGCUUCCCAGGAAUUACCGACCUGCUGUACAACAUGGAGAAGUUGACUGACACAGAGCGUCAAGAGAGAGAGGAACAGAUCAAGAGGCACGUCUCCGACCUGACCAUCAUGAUGCAGAGAGCCGCCAGCUUCUUGAAGGAUUUCCAUGUCAUCUAAGAACACCAUUUUCCUGUUCUCUUUUUUUUUUUUUUAUAAUUGUUUUAAGUCGGCAAUGUGCCUUAAACUUGGGUCACAGGAAGUUGGUAGUCACUUGAUGUAUUUUUCCAUAAAAAAGAAGGCUGAAGAGAGUAGAUGUAUUCCGGUGUCCUGUUAUUUGUCAUUUUAUGAGACGUUUGCUUUUCAUGGACAAAAUAGAGCCCUUGAACAUUUCGUUGGCAAAAGGAGCGUUAUUAGCAAUAAUUUUCUUGUCAUUUCUGGUAUUGUUCUUCCAUUUUAUUAGUUUUAAAUUUGUUCUUGGUCGAGAUGCUGGCUGACACAACGGUACCUUGGUUUGUUCUUCGGAUGUUCUCCUUGUAUCUAAGACAGAUUUCCUGUCAAUAUACAACUUGCCUCUUAAAUUGAAGUACUAACAUCUAGAUAGUCUUUUCAUUUCUCUCUAAUGAAUUCUUUUCAUAGCACCUCGAGAACCUUUUACUUAGUAUGAAAGACCGUUGUUUAAUCUAUAAUUUUCUUAUUGUAUCUCUGCCUCUUUCUCGAGAUUGUCAUUUUUCUUCUAGCACGCCUCCUGGGUGGACAACUUUGACAAAUAUUCCCUAGAAGCCUAGCUGAGGGUUUCUCAAUGAUUUAGUCAUUUGAUUUUUUUAUUAAAAAUUUAAAUUAUAAUCAUAUGUAAUUGAAUUAUAUUCAUAUAGAUAUAUAUACUUA